GAGGCCAAGAUGGCGACCGCUUCGGCGGUUCGGGAAGUUUUCCAUUUUUCCAGCCCUUUCUCGGCUGUCCUUCUUUUGGCUGAGCUGCUUUUGCUGGCUCAAGCCCCGGCCUUUAACAUCGCCUCUCCUUUCUGUCACCACCACAUCCCCAGAGCCAGGGAGGUUAUUUACAAAGUUUAUCUUAAAGAAAGUCGAGUUAUGAAAAGAAACAUUAAUGAACACCUAAGAAUUAAGACUAUAUAUGACAGAAGUGUUGAAGAAUUGCUCCCUGAAAAAAAACAUCUUAUAAAGAACAAGCUUUUCCCACAAGCUAUUUCUUAUUUAGAGAAGACAUUUCAAGUUCGGAAACCUAUGGCUACUGUCCUGUUAAGUAGACAGUGUGUAACAAACCAGUAUUUAAGGAAGAAGGAUGAUCCUCACAGAUAUUGUCGAGAAGCCUGUGCAGAACAUACCAAGUGUGGGCCAGUUAUAGUCCCUGAAGAACACCUGCAGCAAUGUAGGGUAUGUAAUACGAAUGGACGGAAUUGUCAAACUAUUGGCGAAGCAGACAAAGAAGGCAUUCGAGAUGCUGAUUUUAUACUGUAUGUUAGUGCUCUGACUACUGAAAGAUGUGGCCAAGAAAACAUUAUCGCAUAUGCAGCAUAUUGUCAGCUAGAAGCAGAUAUGGACAGACCAAUUGCAGGAUAUGCUAAUCUGUGUCCAAAUAUGAUUUCAACCCAACCACAAGAGUUUAUUGGCAUGUUGUCUACAGUAAAACAUGAAAUCAUUCAUGCUUUGGGUUUCUCUGCUGGACUUUUUGCAUUUUAUCAUGAUGACGAUGGAAAUCCUUUGACUGCUAGAUACGCAAAUGGAUUGCCACUAUUUAAUGAAAGCCUUGGUGUGUAUCAGUGGAGUGAUAAAGUUAUACGUAAAGCAGUAAGAUUAUGGGAUGUGCGGGAUAAUAACAUUUUGCCUCAUAAUAUAUUCCUUUUGGUAACUCCUAAAGUAGUUGAGGAGGCAAGAAAACACUUUGACUGUCCAAAUUUAGAAGGAAUGGAACUGGAAAAUCAAGGUGGCAUAGGCACAGAGCUUAAUCAUUGGGAGAAACGGUUAUUAGAGAAUGAAGCAAUGACUGGAUCACAAACACAGAACAGGGUCUUCUCCCGGAUUACUCUGGCAUUAAUGGAAGACACUGGCUGGUAUAAAGUGAAUUAUAGCAUGGCAGAAAAACUAGAAUGGGGCCGAGGAAAAGGAUGCGACUUUGUGAUGAAAAGCUGCAAGUAUUGGAUCAAUCAGCAACAGAGAAAAAAAGAACCAGUAGCCCCCUAUUGUGACACUCUGAGAAGUAAUCCAUUACAAUUAACAUGCAGGCAGGACCAAAGAGCGGUAGCAGUGUGCAAUUUACAGAAAUUCCCUCAACCAUUGCCUCAGGAGUAUCAGUAUUUUGAUAGUCUGUAUGGUGUAUUGCCAAAAGAUUUGCCUCACUAUGGUGGGUCGGUUGAAAUUGCUGACUACUGCCCUUUUAGUCAAGAAUUUAGUUGGCACUUAAGUGGCGAAUUUCAGCGCAGUUCAGAUUGUCGGAUACUGGAAAACCAACCAGAUCCUUUCAGAAACUAUGGUGCAGAGAAAUAUGGGCCAAAUUCCAUUUGCCUCAUUCAAAAGUCAGCUUUCAUUAUGGAACAGUGCAGAAAGAAACUGAGUUAUCCUGAUUGGGGUAGUGGCUGUUAUCAGGUUUCUUGCUCUCCUCAUGGACUGUCCGUUUGGAUCAAGGAUGUGGCAUAUUUGUGCAGUCACUCAGGUCAAAUUCUCACAGUGACUAUUCAGAUGAAUGGAUGGCUACAUAUGGGGAAUCUAAUUUGCCCAGCCUGCUUGGAUUUCUGUGAUUUCUGUCCACCUGAACAAGAUCCCCCUCCAGUUGCCAAUUUAACAAGAGUUGCAUCGAUUGAUCUCUGUUCUUGUUCUCCCAGCCUGGUAAUAACACUAUGGCUACUGAUGGUGAACUUGUUUCCACUACUAGCUGGAUUUCUUCUAUGUGCAUGGAGUUAAAAUGUGCAUAUUUUUUGUCAAAGGUCCCCUACAGCUGAUCGCAUUUUGAAGGCAGCUAUCCAGAAGGGCAGUCACAUCGUCUACAUUUUGGAAAGAGUCUAGCUAGGAAAGGCUGACUGAAGUUUCUAAAGAGAGAGAGAGAGAGAGACAACAUUUUGAAAGUUAUAUCAAUGAAGAGCUAGUGUUGACCAAAAUAUGUAAUGUUCACAUUGCUAGCAAAUUUGGAGGAACAAAUUUGUCAGUGUAAGUUGAAUGCCUUUGGGUGCCACUAUUUGAGAUGAACUUUUUAUUAUGUGCAAUUCUCUACGAUAUAAUUUGGUAGUUGGGUUUUUGUUUUGGCAUCUUUUGACAGAGAUAUACCUCAGUUUCCUUUAGUCAAAAGCCAUAAAAUCAGUUGCCAUUACUGUUAAGAACAAUUCAGCAUUAAGUGUAGUUUUGUUUUUUUAAGAGUGUCUUGGCUUUGGUGUUAAGAUGCUUCCAGAGUUAUUCUGUAGACUCUGAUGAUUCCAAGUUAUUUCUUCUAUGAAGCUUUUGCUGCUCAAAAUGUGAAAGAGAUUUUCAACAGCUGCACAAUAUGCACUUUUAGAAUAUUUGAAUGAAAAUAUUUAUAUCUUCAUUUUAACAGUAAGCAAAAUUAUUAUUUAAUGGCUUUUUUCUUCAAAUGCUAGAAACAAAAUAUGCCUGCUGGGAUGUAAGCUCUCUUGCACUCAGUUGAAUCUAUAGUACAGUAUUUCUGAAUAACUGAAUUUGAUUGAGCUACAUACUUUGUUUUUUACCAAGUAAUUUGAGGAAAUAAUUACUUUCAUAGAUAUUUCCCUUGUGUUAUGAAACAUGUAAAGGUUGUAAUCUACACCCCACCCCAUCCCAGUUGACUUAAAGAGAUUGAAAUGAUGACACAUUUCAUCAUUAGAUUGCAUAACGCUUAACGAAAAGGUGGUAGCAAUUGGAAAACGUUGCAGAUAACAGAUUCCUUUGUAGCAAAAAUACAGUUUUAUUAUCAAGGGAGCCAAUUUGGCUAUUGGAUGAAAGAACAGUUAACUUUAAAAUUACAUUAGGGAAUACAGGGCUUAAAUAUAUCAUGGAGUCCUUGGUG